AGGAAAGAGGCAGGGUGGGCGGGGGGCAGAGGGCGAGCGGGCGGCCAAGGCGAGGGCUUGCUGGCAACACGAUGCGGUCCGUGCUGCUGCUCACUUUCUCGGCGUGCGUGCUGCUGGCCCGGGCGCUGCUGGCUGGCGGUGCGGGCGGUGGCGGUAGGGACACGGGGCCAGGCAGCGGGCGCCGGGAGAGAGAGGCGCUGGCGGCUCAAAAGAUCGAGGUGCUUGUGCUGUUGCCCCGGGACGAUUCGUACUUGUUCUCGCUGGCCCGGGUGAAGCCGGCCAUCGAGUACGCUCUGCGGAGCGUGGAGGGCAACGGCACCGGGAGGAGGCUGCUGCCUCCGGGCACUCGCUUCCAGGUGGCCUACGAGGACUCGGACUGCGGCAACCGUGCGCUCUUCAGCCUGGUGGACCGCGUGGCGGCGGCGCGCGGCGCCAAGCCGGACCUCAUCCUGGGGCCGGUGUGCGAGUACGCGGCCGCGCCGGUGGCCCGGCUGGCGUCGCACUGGGACCUGCCGAUGCUGUCUGCGGGAGCGCUGGCCGCCGGCUUCCAGCACAAGGACACGGAGUACUCGCACCUCACGCGCGUGGCGCCUGCCUACGCCAAGAUGGGCGAGAUGAUGCUGGCCCUGUUCCGCCACCACCACUGGAGCCGCGCUGCCCUGGUCUACAGCGAUGACAAACUCGAGAGGAAUUGCUACUUCACCCUCGAGGGGGUCCACGAGGUUUUCCAGGAGGAGGGCUUGCACACGUCUGCCUACAAUUUCGACGAGACCAAAGACUUGGACCUGGACGACAUUGUGCGCUACAUCCAGAGCAGUGAGCGAGUGGUGAUCAUGUGCGCCAGCGGCGACACCGUUCGGAGCAUCAUGUUGGCGGUGCACAGACAUGGCAUGACCAGCGGAGACUACGCCUUCUUCAACAUUGAACUCUUUAACAGUUCUUCCUACGGAGAUGGCUCGUGGAAGAGAGGAGACAAACACGACUUUGAAGCUAAGCAAGCCUACUCAUCCCUGCAAACAGUCACCCUACUGAGGACCGUGAAACCUGAGUUUGAGAAGUUUUCCAUGGAGGUGAAAAGUUCUGUUGAGAAACAAGGACUCAAUGAGGAGGAUUACGUGAACAUGUUUGUGGAAGGGUUCCAUGAUGCCAUCCUCCUCUAUGUCCUGGCUUUACACGAAGUACUCAGAGCUGGCUACAGCAAGAAGGAUGGAGGGAAAAUCAUCCAGCAGACCUGGAACAGGACUUUUGAAGGUAUCGCUGGGCAGGUGUCCAUAGAUGCCAACGGGGAUCGGUAUGGGGACUUCUCUGUGGUUGCCAUGACUGACAUGGAAGCAGGCACCCAAGAGGUUAUUGGCGAUUACUUUGGAAAAGAAGGCCGGUUCAAAAUGCGAUCCAAUGUCAAAUACCCUUGGGGCCCUUUGAAACUGAGAAUAGACGAAACCAGAAUUGUGGAGCAUACCAAUAGCUCUCCUUGCAAAUCAUCAGGUGGCCUAGAAGAAUCAGCAGUGACAGGAAUCGUGGUGGGGGCCCUGCUGGGUGCUGGCUUGCUAAUGGCCUUCUACUUUUUCAGGAAGAAAUACAGAAUAACCAUUGAGAGGCGAAAUCAGCAAGAAGAAAGGAAUAUCGGGAAACAUCGAGAGUUACGUGAAGAUUCCAUCAGAUCUCAUUUUUCGGUGGCUUAAAAGAACCCACCCCGUUUUGUCCGCUUGAGAGAUAGAUGGAAGGACAGACAUCAGUGGAACAGAAAGGGCCUGCAUGGAGAACUCUUUGUUUUAAGCAGUAGUCAUUUCACUUUAAAUUUCCUUUAGAAGCUCAGGAAUGAUUAUUAAUCACUAUCUGUCUCCCGGCCUUCCAUCUCACGGCAACCAAGAAUAAGGCUAGAACGCCAUUCUAUUAGGUGUUCUGACUGCUGCAAGGGCAUAGGAUUAGAUUUAUGUUUUGAAAAUCUGGUGUCUCCAUAUCUUGAUGGCUUUGGGGGGCCUUUCACACGAGGAUAUAAAAAUGUGGUUUUUCUGAAAUGAAAUGUUUUGUAGCUAGAAUAAAACACUUUUUACGAGUAGAAUAUUCUUGGAAAGAAUUUAACACCCAAUAGAGGACAAUGGAAUGGAAAAAAUCUCAAGGCUGCGAAUGCAGGGCUCCCCUCUCUGGAGCCAGCGGACAGGUUUGUGGUAGACAAGGGCUGCGUCUAAUGUCCACAUUCAGGUCUGACUUCAUAUCUCCAGAAAGGAUCCUCCCUGUCUCUUUCAGUGUCUCAGAAAAGCUACUCUGGAAAAUUGUAAAUAUUAGUGAGCUAGGAGGAUUUAUACAAGAAAAGCAAGUCUAAAAUGUUUCUUUUAUGAUGUAAAAAGAAAAGCCCUACUUCACACUAACAUUUUAUUUUUAAGUAUUUUAAUCUUAUAUUUUGGUAUUAGAAAUGUGUCUAUUUUUUCAUUUUUGAAGAUUAAAUUUCACUUAUAUUUUAAAAGCACGGAGAAAGUGUGUGAGAAAUCCAUGGUGGCAAUGGGGGUGGCCUCUCUUUCUCUACUGUCCUCUUCCCCUUGGCUGUGGCCAAAUACUAACUGCUCACUGCUGCUGUGACUGCAGACAUCUAGACACAAGUUGAGCUUAGAAACUCUAAAGGCAUACGUUGAUGGUAAGCCAUGUUUCAUUUUUAAUUGUUUUAAAUGCUGGAGGGCUCCAUCCCUUCCAAUUAUGGCCAAAUGAUGCACUUCAAAACCGAGAGAGGGAAGUCAGUAGAGUUAAGCAGAGGUUACACAGAUACACAAACCUUUCCCUCCAGAGCAAACUGAGGAUGAGGAUUUGACAGUGAGGCACAGGAAUGAUAAAUUCAAAGGAGUGUGAUUUAUGAAAAUGUAGUUAAAAGAGGGAAUGUUGAGAUCUGCUGUGACCCCUGAGCUCCACGGAGGUUUACAGCCUCCAAGAAUCACCCACAGUGCGUUAAGUGUAUCCUGGGUAGGACUGAGCCAUCUUUUGCUGGGUAUCCGAUUUGCACUCAGUUCUGUGCACUGACUAAGGUUUAAAUUCGGGUUCUCACUUUAUCAUUUGAGGAGAGAACAAGGGCACCAUCUUAUAAUCAUGCCUUUCUUAAAGGGGGAGAAAUAGCAUCAUUCCUUGGAGGCCAUGUUCACUCAGGUUCACUCAAGAGGAAAGCCGAGUGAAAGUGCAGGAAGCUGUCUCAUGCUUGCUUCUCCGGGAAGGACUGUUGCGCAUCUGAUUGCAUCUCUCUCGAGUCAAAGUGAAUGGGCCGUUUCUGGGCGAGGUGCGCUUCUUCUUCAUGGUUCAGGAAAUGGGAUGCAAACCAUCUGAUAAAAGAAUUUGCUGUGAACAUCAGGAGCAGCUACAUGGUGGUUCUGCAUUUGGGGAUGUAAAGUGUUGACUUCAAAAAGAGCCAAGAAAAGUAGGCAAGAAAUGUAAAUUUCAAAAUCCUAAUGCAGGAGGAGAGUUUGGGAAGUAGGGCUCAGGAAAGCAAUUGGCAGAUGGUGGGGGACUCACAUGACGAGAACAGUGUGGACAGAUUGCAACCGCUUCAGUUAUCCGAACCAGAGAGCUAUUUUCUCUUUUACCUUUUCAAUGAUCGUUUCCAACUAUUUCAGAGAUAUUCAUUUUCUAAUGUUUAUUUUUUGAACCUCUGUGUUAAUUAUAGGAGGGUGGUGUUGGGGAAAGUCCUCUACCUAGCUAUACUCUUUGGUGUAAAUAUUUCUAACCUUCCUUGAAUUUAUAUGGUGGCCCAAUUAAUGGCAGCAUUAUUCCAGCAAAUGUCUUUUAUUUCUACUUCAGCUAGGGGAAUUUUUCCAAGUUUAAUAGCAUACCCCCAGGUAAGAUGUGAACGAUGAGAAGGGAGUUAACCUUUUAAAAAAGGCAGGGUGACUUAUGACAUCUCUAGAAUAUGGAGUCAUUUCCUGUAAUUUUAAAGCAAUUCUACUAUUAUUAAGGUCAUUUACAGGUCCACUGUGUAGUUUUUCCCUCUUAAACAUCUUUACAUGGCUAGGCAAGGUGUCUUUAAUCCUGGUACUUUGAAGGCAGAAUAGGUAGAUUUUUGUGAGUUUAGGGCCAGCAUGGUCUACAUAGUGAGUUUCAGGUCAGCUGUGUUUACAUGGUAAGACCCUGUCUCAGAAGAAAAUAAAUCUUCAUAUGAGUUUCCCAAGCUACAUUAAGUUUUGAAAAUGCCACUAAGCUAGUAAACCUUUGCUGAGAAUAUAGAUGUCAGUUCUGUGGUGGCCCUGGGUUAAGAACUCUUAGUAUUGUAUUGUGGAACUUAAAUUCCUAACUGCGAAGAAGUAAUCUGCCAGCAGCCAACUAUUAUAUAAUAAACUAAGUGAGACUUUAGAUCUUAAGCCAGUCUAUACAUUUUUACUCUUAAAUCCAAUGAUUAAGAUUUCAAAGGGGAUAUUUUAUGAGUAUUUUUCUCAUCUCGUCAAAUAUAAGUUCAUACACAGGUUAAAAUAUAUAGUUAUGGUGUUGGAAAUAAACACAAAUUUUAUAGCCAGUAGGUUUGGAAGAGAAGAUAAACUCAGAAAUAAAACUUUCUGUGUGGAGACAUGUCUCCACCCCAACAGAGGUUUUAGAAGGAAUCCCUUCAUCCCUUCAAUGUUAUAUUGCUCUUAAGAGUCACUGGUGUGUCUUUUCCUGAAACACAGAUAUAGUUCUACAGGCCUUAAAAUAGUUCUUUACAUCUCAGAACUCAUGGGAGAGAGGAAGAAUCCCAUUCCCAUGGAAUGAGAGCAGAUUCCCCCCCCCCCCCCCGCCGUUGUUUCUCUCUCCCGUGAAUGAAAAGUGUUGGAAUGCCAAGUCACUUCCCCCUGCUCCCAGGCUUCCUGUGCCUUUGCAGAUGGCACAUGCAUCCUUCCUGUCCCUAACUUUCCUCUUUUCUUCUGAUUGGAACUGAUUGUAGGGAUCUAUGACAGGCAGUGGGAAGUGAAAAGGGAGGCCUUGUGUAUCUCAGACGUACAGUGAGUGGGUUCAGAAGCUGUUUCCAAUGACACCAUUGCUUUCUCAAAGCUGAGCUACUUGUGCAGUUCUUACACACACACACACACACACACACACACACACACACACACACACACACGAAAGAAAAGGAAAGAAUAGUGUUUAUAAAUUGGAAAAUACUAGUGCCCAUGUUCUUGAGACACAAAGAACUUGGAUCCCUAGUGGAUGUGGCUAGGAAAACAAAUGUCAGUUGAAAUUUGGCCCCUCUACCUACAGAUCAUAGGUUUGGUUUAGUUACACCCUGUGGUUCCGGACUUCAGAAGGAAGCUGGUAAUGAACUGAAUUUCUCACUUAGUGGAAAAAAAGGAAACUGUCUAGAAACACAGGAUGCUUUAGGGACAGCAUAGAAACAGAAUGAGUUGGUGGCAGCGGAGGGACCGGUCUCUCUUUGAAUUGGUCUUUAGAACUGAAGAAUAAUGAAUAGUUUAGACCUUCUGCAAUAGCCAGUCUCAACAAGAAGCUUUGGACAUGCCCAGUGAGAAGAGUCAGGAGCUUAUUUCUGCCAAGGCAACAGAGGAGAACUUCGCGGCUGACACUGUCUCCACUGCUUUUCUUCCCAGAGCCCCACCUACCAUCCAUCAUGGCUCCUUAGAUGUGUCAGCAUCCUUCUCAUGCAGGUGGGAACUUGUGAGGAGGCCUCCACACUUACUCAGAGAAAAAGACAAAAUAGCACUGGCCGUGAGGAGGUAGCUGGCUUCUAAUCAGAAAUCUUACAGUACCCUGGCCAGUUCAAGUCUGUGCUUUUCCUGCACACUAAUGAGCCUGGCUUUGGUUCUCAUUGUACAGAUUUUUCAAAUGUCUCCUGCAGGCCGAUGGGAUGAAGGUAACUCUCAAAAGGUGCUGGGUUGGAGGUUGUUCAAAUCUCUCAUUAAUCACUCAUGGAAAUUCAUACCAAACUCAGAGCAUUCUGAAACAGCUGAUGUUGGUGUUUAUGUUUUAAGUCAAACACAAUGAAAAGGAUUUCAAUGAGAGCUGAAUCUCAGGGGUUAAAAAAAUCCAUAUGUUACAAAAACUCUUUGGUGUAUCAGGUAUGAGAUGAUUCUUUGUGGAGAGAUUUGAACAAGUAGACCUCAGAGUUAGUGAAAAAAAAGUUACAUUUCUUUGAUUCAUAUUUAAAGGCAUAAAUUUAUAUGCACAGGAACAAAGGGUCCAUUUACCAAGCAUGAAUCACAACAGGCUACCAAAUUCAUUUUUAUUUUCUAGAACAAAGCUGUCACAGUAUAUAAUUAUUAUUGGGUAGAGAAGGAGUUAUUUCUGCAAAGAAAGAAGAAAAUGUGGAUUUUGACAUGGAGUAUCUUGUUCAUGAUUCAGUGCCUGCGUCUGAAAAUGUUAUGGCAUAUAAGUCAGCAAUGAUGUGCCCGCAACAGGCCCGAGGUGCUGUGGCUCUAAGAAUUAGAGCUUUGUUCCCUGGGCAUAGCUGAAAGCAGGGGGCCAUGAGCUAGGCAUUGCAGAGGGCCAGUCCUGGAGCCAGUGUCUUUUGAGCCAUAUUGUUCAUGGUUAAUGUAAACCCAGGACCACCAAACAAUACAAACCUACCAUGAAUUUGGUAGGAAGGUCAAAGCUGCACUAACUACAUACAGCUUACUAUUCUAAUGUAAGUAGAACUAUCUGCAUAUAAUGUGAUUUAAUUUAUUGUCAUUUUGUGUAGAAAGCGAUUAAUGACUGUGGAUAUAGCCCUGUUUUGUAUAAUAUAUUUUAUUUCUGGUGCAAAACUGGUCAUUUAAACAAUCUACUUCAUUUGGUGUUUGGAUAUAAAUUUGUAUGUGUUCUUGUAAACGUUUAUAUUAAGCAAGAAUAGCAUAUAUUCCAAAUAUAACAAUAUGUUCUCAUUAAAAAUAAACUCUACAGAAACAGU